ACUGCGCGGCCAUUGAAAUAAGAAUCCAACGUGAGAAUUUCGUUUUCGCGCUAAUAGUUAUUUCAUUCAAUUUUACGUUUAUCACUUUCAUUUAAAAAUAUCUGUGAAUAUUAGUGAGAAGAAUGGCGUACAGAGGACAAGGGCAGAAGGUGCAGAAGGUCAUGGUGCAGCCCAUUAACCUUAUUUUUAGGUAUCUACAGAAUCGUUCUCGGAUCCAGGUGUGGCUUUAUGAACAGGUCAACAUGCGGAUAGAGGGCUGCAUCAUUGGAUUCGAUGAGUACAUGAACUUGGUUUUGGAUGACGCAGAAGAAGUUCAUAUGAAGACCAAAAACAGGAAACCUCUGGGACGGAUUAUGUUGAAAGGAGACAACAUCACGUUGCUGCAGAGUGUGUCCAACUGAUCAUCUGUUAGGAGUUCUUCAGAAUUUAGAUUUUUUUUUUUUUGUUGUUAGAUUGUUGGUUUUGCUUUUUAUUUUCAUCAAUAUUUGUUUAUUGACCAAUGGUUGUAAUAAAUGAUGUGGAAACUC